GAGCGCCGCGGUCUCUCCCCAUCCGGGGCAGCUGGGAAUGGCUGAGCCCCGGGUUCGCCGCCGCCGCCCGUUCUCGGCUGCGGCCGCAGAACCUUAGCAUCCUGAGCCAUUUUGGAUUUGUAGCCCUUGAGGCUAAACUGGUCAGAGUUCAUCAUGUCCAAGUUAAAAAGCUCAGAAUCAGUCCGGGUGGUGGUCCGCUGUCGGCCCAUGAAUGGCAAAGAAAAGGCUGCAUCUUAUGACAAGGUGGUAGAUGUGGAUGUGAAGCUGGGGCAGGUGUCUGUGAAGAACCCCAAAGGCACAUCCCAUGAGAUGCCCAAGACCUUCACCUUCGACGCUGUGUAUGAUUGGAACGCUAAGCAGUUUGAGCUCUAUGAUGAGACGUUCCGACCACUCGUGGACUCUGUGCUGCAGGGUUUCAAUGGCACAAUUUUUGCCUAUGGACAAACAGGAACUGGGAAAACCUAUACCAUGGAGGGAGUUCGUGGUGACCCUGAAAAAAGAGGGGUCAUCCCCAACUCCUUUGAUCACAUCUUCACCCACAUCUCUCGGUCUCAGAAUCAGCAGUACCUGGUCCGGGCGUCUUACUUAGAGAUCUAUCAAGAAGAGAUCCGAGACUUGCUUUCAAAGGAUCAGACCAAAAGGCUAGAGCUCAAAGAGAGACCGGAUACAGGAGUGUAUGUAAAGGAUUUGUCUUCUUUUGUCACGAAGAGUGUGAAGGAGAUAGAGCAUGUGAUGAAUGUGGGAAACCAGAACCGGUCUGUCGGUGCUACAAACAUGAAUGAGCACAGCUCACGGUCGCAUGCAAUCUUUGUCAUCACGAUUGAAUGCAGCGAGGUGGGCCUGGAUGGUGAAAACCACAUCCGGGUAGGAAAGCUGAACCUUGUAGAUCUUGCUGGCAGUGAGCGGCAAGCCAAGACUGGAGCUCAAGGGGAAAGACUGAAGGAAGCCACCAAGAUCAACCUGUCCCUUUCCGCCUUGGGUAAUGUUAUCUCUGCCCUUGUAGAUGGCAAAAGCACCCAUAUUCCAUAUAGAGACUCAAAGCUGACCAGGCUUCUCCAAGAUUCCCUUGGUGGCAAUGCCAAAACUGUGAUGGUAGCCAAUGUGGGGCCUGCCUCUUACAAUGUAGAAGAGACCCUGACCACUCUGAGAUAUGCCAACCGUGCCAAAAACAUUAAGAACAAGCCAAGGGUCAAUGAGGACCCAAAGGAUGCUCUGCUUCGAGAAUUCCAAGAAGAAAUUGCUCGGCUCAAGGCCCAGCUGGAAAAACGUUCCAUUGGCAGGAGGAAGAGGCGAGAGAAGCGGAGGGAAGGUGGUGGCAGUGGUGGGGGUGGGGAAGAGGAGGAGGAGGAGGGAGAAGAGGGUGAGGAGGACGGGGAUGAUAAGGAUGAUUACUGGCGGGAACAGCAAGAAAAACUGGAGAUUGAGAAGCGGGCCAUUGUAGAGGACCACAGCUUGGUUGCAGAGGAGAAGAUGAGGCUGCUGAAGGAGAAGGAGAAAAAGAUGGAGGACCUGCGGCGGGAGAAGGAUGCUGCAGAGAUGCUGGGUGCCAAAAUCAAGGCCAUGGAGAGUAAGCUGCUUGUCGGAGGAAAAAAUAUAGUAGAUCAUACAAACGAACAGCAGAAGAUCCUGGAGCAGAAACGCCAGGAGAUCGCAGAACAGAAACGUCGAGAAAGAGAAAUCCAGCAGCAAAUGGAGAGUCGAGAUGAGGAGACUCUGGAACUGAAAGAGACUUACACCUCCCUGCAGCAGGAGGUGGACAUCAAGACCAAAAAGCUCAAAAAGCUCUUUUCCAAGCUUCAGGCCGUGAAGGCCGAGAUCCACGACCUCCAAGAAGAACACAUCAAAGAGCGGCAGGAGCUGGAGCAGACACAGAAUGAACUCACCCGGGAGCUAAAGCUCAAGCAUCUUAUUAUAGAAAACUUUAUUCCCUUGGAAGAGAAGAAUAAAAUUAUGAAUAGAUCCUUUUUUGAUGAUGAAGAAGACCAUUGGAAAUUACAUCCUAUAACCAGACUGGAAAACCAGCAGAUGAUGAAGCGGCCUGUCUCUGCUGUGGGAUACAAGAGACCUCUGAGCCAGCAUGCACGGAUGUCCAUGAUGAUUCGGCCAGAGCCCCGGUACAGGGCGGAGAACAUCAUGCUCUUGGAGUUAGAUAUGCCCAGCCGGACAACCAGAGACUACGAGGGCCCAGCCAUCUCUCCCAAGGUUCAGGCUGCGCUGGAUGCAGCUCUGCAGGAUGAAGAUGAGAUACAGGUGGAUGCCUCAUCCUUUGAAAGUACUGCCAACAGAAAACCCAAGGCCAGGCCCAGGAGUGGCAGGAAAUCAGGAUCCUCCUCUUCCUCCUCAGGAAACCCUGCAUCUCAGUUUUACCCACAGUCUCGGGGGCUGGUGCCCAAGUAGCCCAGCACCCGCUCCCAGGAUGGGAACAGCAUUGUCUUCUGAGAGAAGAGCGAGCACAAUACUGCAGACAUGACUUGAGCCUAAACGCAGAACCAUCCCCCCGAGGAGGAGUGAUAGCUUCUUUGCAGAUUAGUUAACUUAAUCUGCCCGAACAUGCUGGUCCUGGUGUGGCACUCAGUUCCUCUGGGAAGUGUCCUUUAAUUAGCAUCUCAGAAUGCAUGGGUAAGGUAAACUGCAAAGUCCAAGUGGACAGCAAGAGAAUGACCAUGACCUUGCUUUCCUUCCCUUCCCACCCUCCCUUCCUCUCCUCUUCUCUAGCCUCUUCUUCACACCAGCCUCCCUUCUUGUUAAACAAUAUGGAGUCGAGGCCUCCUUAGGACUGUGUGUGGAGCCUCGGCCUAAAGUGGCAGUGGAGCUGAGAAAUGAAAGCCCUAGAACUUGAAUAGGUGCCUGCCUCUGUCAGGUGAAAUGAGAUAUCUCACUUGGAACCAAGCCCAGGAUGGCACGAUGAGCGAGCGAUCCAGCUUCCGGGCUCCUCAGUAGGAGUAGAUCUACCUGGAAUCGGUUGAAUGGGGCAGUGGCUUCCAGAUCCUGUUCCAGAAGGACUUGGUGUUGGAAGCAAUAGAAAAGACAUUCCCUUUGUCUCCUGGGAGAGUUUGGGGAAAUAGCUUUUUUAAAAUCUCAAAACCAUGACCAUCCUGUUAAAGACCUAAGUCUAUAAACCAGUGCCAUGUCCAUCUACCAUGUCACUUUACUCAUUUGUCACCGUCUUUCCCCACGUACACAUGCUCUGUCUGAGUGGACUCAUGUAGACCCACCUACAGAGUGCGCCUGUAGAGUGUGCCUGGAGGUGGAAAGGGGAAGCCAGCUCUGCCUUCUCUGAUGGGAGCUGAGUUGGGGGAAGGCAUCAGCAGGGCACUUGUGAAUUGCCCACAAGGGUCCAUACUGUCCUGGGAGCAGAAGAGUGAGGAGGCAGAUGCAGACUAGCAGCAAGAGACUCAGCAGGAGGAAGGGCAGGUAGCUGUGGAAGCAAAGGAAUCCUGUCUGCCUGGAGCAGAAGCCACUGACUCCUGCGAGUGUGGCUCCCCUGGGUGGAGAGGAGCCCUAGGUGCUGGCAAGAAGAGGCUCUGAGUAGGCUCAGAGGGGAGUCCACACCUCCUGUUUACAUAGACUAGUUUGGUUUAUAAGUUUUAGUUUUUCAUGUUACGGCACCUCAAGCUUUGCUUUAUGUUGGUCAUUAGGUGGCAGUUACUCAUUUUCCCCAAGAGAAAUAAAUGCAUGAGUGUGUGGGGCUGCCUGUGCACAUUCGUGCCUGUGCUCUGGGUGUGUCUCUAAGAGAGACUGAAAACUUGCCCGGUUUUAGAAAUACUCCAGCGUCCAGUGUUUGCCUUUGUCUGUGUGAAAGGCCCACAGAAUGACUAAUCCAGGCUAGAAGCACGCACGCCCCAUGAAGUAUCUUUGAGUCCAUGAUCCAAACCUGAGGGGACAGUCUGAGUCCUCAAGUCUGCCACACUGGUGUACCUUGCUGGCAUGGUGCCUCAGGAAGAUGGCAACUCAGGUGGCUUUGAGAUACGUUUUAACUCAGCUACUUGGUCUCCAGGUACAUUUCUGGACAGAGCCCAUGGAAGGAGGAGUAACGUGCAAUGUCUUGGCAUUCUUUAUCACAUCACGGAGAUCCAUGGAUCUUCUUGGUAGCUUCCUUUCUGAGCCCAGAGCCCUAUUCAGUUCCUAGGAUGGAAUGGAACCUGUCUCAUCUUUUCUUGAUCUCAAACCCUGCUUCUUCCUUGGGUCCUAAGAGUUUGCUUGUUUGACUAGGAACCAAAUGAGGAGACGUGUGCUCUAAGGUGGCUGUUUGCUGGUGACACUUGUCUCUUACAUUUCCUCACAGCUAGUCUAAAUUCUGUAGGCUGAAAACAUUUGUGUACCAAAACAAAGGAUUGCAAACUUCAGGUACGAUCAUACCUUAAUGCUGGUGUCGUGAAGUGGUUAAUGUGCUAGUGGCGGGGGUUAAGUGACACAUAGAACUUUUCCAAGAAGACAAAAGGAAAAAAAAAUCUGGAAGACAUGAUUAUUAAAGCAAGCCUGCCCUGUCGUCUGCUGGGUUCCUACAGUGGUCUGUGGACACCAAGUGGAAGGCCAGCCACGUGGUGAUGAAGCUGUCCCUUCCCCGACAGCGUCUGGUGCUUCUCUUUUCUCAAUACGGAUCCGAUACUGAAGAGAGCAGAUGGUAAAAAUGUCUUGCUGUCCCCAGAAUGCUGCUGCUCUGAGUUCUGAAUUGAGCCAAGAGUCUAGAGGAUAUGUCAAGCUCACUGAGGGACCAAAGCUUUAUGCUGUUAGUUAUCUAGCUGAGGUUCUGGAAGGCCUCCAUGCCUGCAGUAGCUACUGUAGUCUAGAAGCAAAUCUUUAAAAGGAUCUAAGAAGACCAUCUGGGAGGAGUUUGAGGCUGCGCAUACAAUCCUCUUGGGACUCUCUUCCUCUGUUCAGUAGAAUGUAUCUGAAAUUGUAACAGAUGACACAAUUUCCAGAUCCUUACAGUCAGAAUCAGAGUCCCCAAACCAUAGGCAUGAAGCACUUUGUUAGACUGACCUACAUUGACUUGCUCCCUGUCUGAUGCCUGCAUGCUGCCUGAAUUGUUCCACCUACAUCUCCAUGACCACGGUGCCAGAGUGCAGUACAGCUCAGGCACAGGCCACUUGUCUGCUCUUCCCGACUCUCGUUAAGUCCUCCUUCACUGAAUGUAGACUCUGCCAAGUUCCUGAGAAGCGUCAAACCCCUGCUAACGUAGGCUAUCAGUUCUGCCUCACUUUGGCUUCUCGAGUUUGAGGGGUACUGUGAGCAUCUUGGACCAUCCAGACACCAUCCGUGAAUGAAAUGGGGCUACUGAUGUACUCCAAAAGCCAUAAUGAAAAAAUCUCAGAGGGAUCUAGGUAAGAACAGAAUGCCCCACAGUUACCAUGCAAGACUUGGUCUGAUACUUUAAGAUUCUAGCACCUUCCUCUCUGCCCUGAUAUGGGCAGGCAGGAGGUGGGUGGGGCUUGAUGGCUCUUUGGAGUUCCUGUUGAUCUUGACCUUCUCUUUGGCUGUCUUUAGAUACAGGAUAUGCCAGUACUUGGGACUCUCUAAGUUUUACAAUUGAUAUUUAUUUGUAUUAUCUCUUUGUCUAGCAAUGUAAAAGUGAUUCUAAACUAAAAUGUGUAAUUAAAAUCAAUCAAAUUUAUUGUAUCUACAAA